CGUGGCGGCUCGUCAAGUGUGCCAGCAGACUCAUGACACUCGCUCUGUUUUCCCACUAGUGUUAUUUUAUCAUCGCCUCUUCCGGCUUAUAAGCCAACCCCCCUCCUUGGAUCCGUAGAAUAGCUUCUCAAGGAGAAGAAUGUCAAGUGACAAGAGUCGCGAUGGGUCUAUGGAUUCAACAGGCGAUGACUACGGCCUUCGCGUGGUCAUGCUACCAUGGCUCGCUCAUGGCCACGCCUCGCCCUUCCUGGAGCUCGCCAAGCGCUUGUCACGCCACGACGUGUUCGUCCACUUCUGCUCCACUCCCGCCAACCUCGUCUCCAUGCGCGAACAGUUCGACGCCAAUGCCUUCCCUUCCAUCCGGCUGGUGGAGCUCCAAUUGCCCGCACUCCCCGGUCUCCCGCCUGACCUCCACACCACCAAACACCUCCCGUCCCACCUGAUGCCCACCCUCAAGCAGGCCUUCGACCUCGCGGAGCCCGACUUCGGGCUCCUCCUCCAAGCCUUGCACCCCGACCUGCUCAUCUACGACUUCCUCCAACCUUGGGCGCCCCUCUCGGCGCACCGCCGCAACAUCCCGGCCAUCCAGUUCCUCACCACCGCCGCUUCCUCCGCGGCCUUCUUCUGCCACUGCAUCAAACGACCGAUCGAAGAGUUUCCGUUCCCGGCCAUGUCGCUCGGCGUGAAGGAGAACCUGGAACACAUUGCCACGAUGAACCGGUUUGCCAACGGCAUGUCGGACGGGGAGCGCUUCCUCCGCUGCAUGGACCGCUCCUCGGGCUUCAUCGCCAUCAGGACGUUCCGGGAGAUCGAGGCCAAGUACAUCGACUACUUGUCCUGCGUGCUGGACAAGGAGGUCGUGCCCGUGGGGCCUCUUGUUCCGGACGACGACGACGACGACGACGGUAGCAGCGGGCGGGAUCGCCUGACGGACAAGGACCGCGAGACUGCGCGGUCGAUCAUGUCGUGGCUGGGCGCCAAGGAGAAGUCCUCCGUCGUGCUCGCAACGUUCGGCAGCGAGUACUUCAUGUGCAAGGAGGAGAUGCGGGAGGUAGCGCGCGGGUUGGAGCUCAGCGGGUUGAGCUUUAUCUGGGUGGUGAGGUUCCCAAAGGACGGAAUCCUCCCCACGGUUGCCGGCGAUAGUAGCUCGUGGGCUACUGCUCUGCCGAGCGGUUUUGUGGAGAGGGUCGUGAAGGGGGAAGGCAGGGGAUUGGUGGUGGAGGGGUGGGCGCCGCAGAGAAAGAUCCUGUCCCACCCAGGCGUGGGCGGCUUCCUCACCCACUGCGGGUGGAGCUCGGUGGUGGAGGCCAUGAAGUAUGGGGUGCCCAUCAUCGCGCUCCCGCUGCAGCUGGACCAGCCCCCGAACGCCAAGUUGGUGGAGGAGCUCGGGGUUGGGAUGGCGGUAAGGAAAGGGAAGGGCGUGCUCGGCGAGUUCGAGGGCGAGGAGGUGGCGAAGGGGAUCCGGGACGUGGUGGUCGGCGAGCAAGGGGAGAGCGUGAGGAGGAAGGCGCGGCAGAUGGCCCGCGUCAUAAGCCGAAGGGACGACGAGGAGACCAAGGUGUUGGUGGAAAAGAUGGCGGCGCUUGGCGAGGCGGCGAAGAGAGAUGGGAGGGAGGUGAUUUGAUGAGUGUUCGUGAUUCGCAGUAGAAAUCACGAUGAUGUGAUGUCAAAUGUCCUUUGACUUGGAUAUCUCCGCAAUGUACAAACGUCCUUUGAAACGUUGUUACGAUGGCGUCGAUAUAAACCGUGACAAAAUAACGUA